ACUCAUCUCGCUCUCGGGGUUUUGGGUGCGCUUGUUUUCAGUGGGAUAACGCACACUUGGUGAUUGUUGGCGAUCUGUGCCGUGCCCCAAAAGUCCCCAGUGUGGUUGAUGAGCGCAGGAACGAAUGGUACCAAUUUUCUCAACCAGCAGCUCCUCUGGGUGGUGGUUCGACGAAAAUUGUAGCUCAUAACAAAACACGGCGCCGGUUAAAGUGAAGCGAACAGAUCGACACGUGCGCGGUGUGUGCGAUCGUAGGAAAGUGUUCACUGGCAGAACUCUCACGGUUUUGGGGGCCCCGGCGUGCCUAGCAUAUAAGUCCUUCGGUGUAGCAGUUACAGUGUCGCCACAGCACGGGUGUUGGGUGGUGCCUCGUGACAUAUUUAGUGUAGCUCCGGGUGUGGUUAAAUAAUAAUAAAAAAAAUAUAUCUACACGACGCAACAAUCCCGUCGCAACUUAAGCCGGCAAUUUAAGCGAUCGAAAGUAACGUGUGUACGUGUGCUCGAGCGAGCGUUUAGAGCGUUUAGUGCCAGCCUGCGGUACAACCGGGCGGUAUACAUAAGUUUCCAAAUUUCAAAGCUGUGAUUUUCGUUUGGCCAAACCCUUUUGGCCGAACCGACAACAAACCUUCAAAACGUUCUGCACGGAAGCGAUACGCAUUAUGGGGUGCGCACAGUCGGCUGAGGAACGGGCUGCCGCCGCUAGGAGCCGCCUGAUCGAGCGUAAUCUCAAGGAGGACGGUAUCCAGGCGGCCAAGGACAUCAAACUGUUACUGCUCGGCGCUGGUGAAUCGGGAAAAAGUACAAUCGUUAAACAGAUGAAAAUUAUUCACGAAAGUGGCUUUACGUCAGAGGAUUUCAAACAGUACAGGCCAGUAGUGUACAGCAACACGAUACAAUCACUAGUUGCAAUACUGCGAGCGAUGCCAAACCUUAGCAUUGCGUUCGGGAAUAACGAACGAGAGUGUGACGCAAAGAUGGUGUUCGACGUAGUACAGCGGAUGCACGACACAGAACCAUUCUCGGAGGAUCUGCUAUUAGCGAUGAAAAGACUGUGGUCGGAUUCUGGCGUGCAGGAGUGCUUCUGCCGCAGCAACGAGUAUCAGCUGAACGAUUCCGCAAAAUAUUUCCUGGACGACCUUGACCGAUUGGGCGCCAAGGACUAUCAGCCGACGGAGCAGGAUAUCCUACGGACACGUGUCAAAACCACCGGUAUCGUUGAGGUGCACUUUUCCUUCAAGAACUUAAACUUCAAGCUGUUCGAUGUCGGUGGUCAGCGAUCGGAGCGAAAGAAGUGGAUCCACUGCUUCGAGGAUGUCACCGCCAUCAUCUUUUGCGUGGCCAUGUCGGAGUACGACCAGGUGUUACAUGAAGAUGAAACCACGAACCGUAUGCAAGAGUCGCUGAAGCUGUUCGACUCAAUCUGCAACAACAAAUGGUUCACCGAUACCUCAAUCAUUCUAUUUCUGAACAAGAAGGAUUUGUUCGAGGAGAAAAUCCGGAAAAGUCCGUUGACAAUCUGCUUCCCGGAGUACACGGGUGGACAGGAGUACGGUGAAGCGGCAGCUUACAUUCAGGCACAGUUCGAGGCUAAAAAUAAGUCCACAUCAAAGGAAAUCUAUUGCCACAUGACAUGUGCAACGGACACCAACAACAUCCAGUUUGUGUUCGACGCCGUCACCGACGUUAUCAUAGCGAACAACCUGCGCGGCUGCGGUCUGUACUAAACACGGUGAACGCGUUGUCCCCGAAAAUGGGAACCGCCCAUUUAUAUGCGGGGAACCCCAUACACUAUUAAUGGAUGCGAUGUACAUCGAAACGGUCGGUGAAAGAUUGGGUUUUUGCGCGAAAGGAAGCUGGGUGAAGCGGAGAUUGGCCACGGCACAUGUACGUACCGUGCUAUCCAUCCCUCCCAUCUCACCCAGGUCCAGGACUUCCGGCCGCCACGGAAGGCCGCGUAUUGUUGUAGCAGAGAAUUUGCGUUUUUUUUUUCAAAUAUUUUGUUUCGUUUCUAUUCAUUUCACAAUGGAGAUUAACAUCUAGCCGCGCUAGGAGAAAAUUCGUCGUGUUGCUUUUCGAGCGCUCUAUCCGAUGAGCUCUAAACUACAUUUAUGGAUCAUCCGGUGUCAUAUCGAUCCUGCCGGAACACUCUGGAAGUGUUUUUGGAAGGGAACAACAAAAAGAGACAGAAGGAGAACAAACGCGACAUGUUUAGCCACUAGUUUUUGGGGACGCGGAUCGUUAAUCAUUUAAACACUGACAAAAGAUCGGUAUAUGACAUACAAUAGCACUAAAGGAAACAAAACAAAACAAACAAACAAAAAAAUAAUUACAGCAGGGAGAGUGGCAAUAGGAGGUUUACAAUGUGUUCAAAAACCGUGGUAGUAUCGUACUUUUCACAGGGCGAGUACAUGCAACACUCUCGAUCGCGUUUACUUUGCAACCGUGUCUACGGAUCGAGAAUGACAGAUGUGACAGGAGUAGUAGUGUACUCUACCUAAUCCCCAUACGGACAAACAUAGAGACAUGCAAAAACAAACACAGAUUAGUGUAUCGAACAACUGUUCUUGAUCAUUUGAGCCAGAUGAACGGGACAUAGUUGGUUUAUUAAAAAAAAAAAAGAAGGAUAGUGAAUUAAAUCACGUCGUAGCGUAAGUACGUUAUCUAUUGUGCGCUAUUCGAAGUCGUCUUUACUGUUGCCAUCAUGACGAAGUGGGAAAUAAGAGGGUGCGUACAGUUGAAACAUACCGUUCAGCAACUAAUCGAUCGUUAUCGUAUCUCGUGUGCAGUAAUAGGUAAAGUUUUGCUAGCAAGGCGCAUCCUCGCCAUUAACGUCACCUGCAUAGUCUCGGGGCAGCCACUGUUGUACAAAUGCAGCAUUUCUUUGCGUUCUAUUCCCUUACCAUAUAGCACAAUAAUUGCCGCUUACAGUACGAGAUCCGCACAAUCAUGCCACGCCGCAUCAACAGAACUAGAUAUUUAAAUACGGGGAAAUAGUACGAAUGCUAGCUUUUUGCAUCAGUGAAUCGUUCAGCCAAUUUACGCACAUCCAACGAAGGAUGGAAUGUAACGCACAACUCAGCGCUUAUUUUUUUUUUUAAUUAUAUUUUCUACAUGUAUUAAGAAAAGGGGGAUAUGUUUUGAGGUGAAACAGUAACACUACGACCUGAACUAAGAGAGAUAAGAGCAUGAAAUUAGCGAGUAUGCACACAUCCAUUAUAUAUUUUUCUGUUAUGUUUUGUUUUUGGCUGUUGAGGAUGGUGAGAACGAGGACGGGAAACAUAUUUAUUAUUAUUGCUAUUGAAUUAAUAUUACUAUAAUUAUUCUUACUGUGUACGUUAUUAGCCAGUGGUGUAACUGUUUGGUACGAUCCGCUGCCAUACGUGUGUCGCAGGUUUGUGCUGCAGUCAGCAGCAGCACAGCCCCGCAGACAAAGUGUUUGGCUAAACAGCACAUUCAAAGAGUAACAAAUCACGCACCGGUCAACAGGUUAAUACUAAUGGACCUAAUGUUUUUGGGACGAUCGGUUAAACGAUAAACGCACAAAUGUAACAUGUAAUCGAAUCCAUACGCUCAGUUACAAGCUUGGAUCAGUUAUCGUUAAGGCAAACCGAAAAAAAGGUGUAGAAUCAGCAAACGCAUAUAUUUAUUUUCCGUUAGUGAUGGGCCGAGGCCACAUGGGCGAGAGUGGCAAAUCUAUCGCAAGCAAGCAAGCAAGCAAACGAGAACGAAGUAAUGCGGGUUACAAACUCUAUUCAGUUUUAUCUACAUUCCUUAACGUGGGUAUUUCUUAAUGAUUAUUUGCUACUAUUUUCUCCCUAUCCUCUUGUGGUGUUGCCCCUUUCGAGAAUGGGUGAGUGUUGUGUUUAGCUACCGGAGUAUUUUCCCACAAACGCCAAUGAUAAACGCUGUAGCACGAACCUGUACAAUCUGUAAGAGAUUUUCUUCUUUCGUUCGUACUAGCAAACGAAGUGUACCGGAUGUUUAGUUUUCUUGUUUUUUUUUCUGUAUAGAUCAAUCAUUAGAGAACCAUCAGCACAACGUUCCCGCUAGUGGGAUUAAAAAAAGAAAAAAAAAACACACAAAAAACGUUAGCCGUCGUACUCGUGCUCUUUCUUCUGCCUUCGCAGCUUUGUGCCAACGAAACGAAGAUCGAUGUUUUUCUCUGUCUUUGCUACAUUUAAGGAGGUUUUCCGUUUUUCUCUGUGGUUGUGAAGAUCAGGCAGAAAUAGGAUGAAGGAUGCCAGGAACAAGCGCGUACACCUUUUUCAUUCAUCUACUUAUCUACGCUGACAGCAUCCCUGUACACGUUCGACCAGGGUGUUCGACAAUCCGACGGUAUCAGAUUUAUGUAUUUUUAUCAACAUACGUUUACCGAUAAUAAUCCAAUUAACAAUCUUUAGUAUAGUACAAAUCUAUUUCGCUAGCGCGCCUCUCUUCGUUUUGUUUCUGUUUACGUAAUUCGCACAAUAAUAACAAAUCAAGGAUAUACGGUAGCGUAAUAGUUGCUAUCCGAUGGUAUUCGAUGAAAGAUGAUCACGCAACCCACAGCACACAAUUACCGCAGGCUUGUACAGUUAAGAAGAUCUACUACAUUCACAACACGCCCUUGUCCGUUAUACUUUAAAUGUUGGCUUACCGGCAUAGUUCUAGUCCUAAUCAAGCAAGGAAUCGGCUGGGCGCAUAAAAUUGGCAAAUUUCUGAUUGAUAAAAUCAAAACUAUGAAUGCAAAGCAUAAUGUAGACGUUUUGCAGCAGCUUUACCGGCAAACCGUGCACAAACUGACCAAACAAAACAAUGAAAAAUCCAAAGAACCUUCAACCAGACACAAGGACGCAUUGCGGAAUACCAGUUGGAACCACUGAACAAAUUCUCGCCGGUUCAAAGAUACAAAAACACUACCAAAAAUUGGUGACACUGUGUAGCGCAGAGAAGAAGUAGAAGUACUGCAGCGUGAAUGUGAAAGAAUGAUUCUACUUCUAUUUUUGAUAUAAAUAAUUUUUAGUAUUUUUUCUACUCCUAUUAAAACCAAAUGAGCAUGCUACAAAAAAAAUAAAUAAACUAAAAAGGCAACCCAACGCACACGACGAAAGCGUUUUUGGGGGAUGGAGCACACAUAAAGUUGGUAACGCAACAAACAAAAUGGCCACACUUGCAUGUCACCGAAACUAAACACAUACACCAGAAAACAGGCGAUUCGUUUUACCACACAAUAGCAUAAAUAUAAUAUUAUGUACUAAGAAAUAUUUGCAAAAAGCAAAUGUACGUACGCAUGGGGAAAGUGUGCUUUUCUUUCGACUCUACUUUCAUAAUCUGACUAGCUACACUUUUGCGCACUUGUUACCUUACCUUGCUAGCAGGAAAUUUGUGUAACAAACUGUUCAACUAUUUUGGCAUCUUCAAAAGUAUGAUCAAAAAACAAAUCCAAAAAAAACAAACAAACAAAAAAAUCUGGAUAACUAACAAUUUCAUCCAAACCAUUCUCUUUUCCUUCCUUUUCCCCCCCUUGAAUGCAAUAUUGCAAUCUUGAAAAAAAAGUAUCAACGUGCUACAAUCAAACACAGAAAAUGGCUGCAACAACUCCAUAGGAGAAAAUAGCAGAGAAUAGAAAUAGAUAAAAACAAACAAAAAACAUAAUGUGUAAACCGAACCUGCGCUAUGUUUCUUUCAUGGCAAGAUAGCAAGGAAAUACUGGAAGAAAAUUAUCAGGUGGAGCACAAAAAUGGCGACCAGAGUGGAAAGGAACAGAAGUACUACCGCGUACAAGAAGUAAACUUAUAUCCGCUUUAGAAUACAAGAAUAAGUAUCUUUUUUGAGAAAUGAGUAAAACAAGCGAAAAAAGGGACACAUUCACAAAAGGAAAACAAAUAAUCUAAACCAAUACUAUAAUAUUUGACGAUAAAAAAAAGAAGAAAAAUGAAACCCUAGAGAACGAAACAAACUCACACUGUGGCAUAAAGAGUUGAGGUUGAAGCAGGAUCAAGGAAAGAAUGGAAACUAUUAGUAGGAACAAAUGAAAUUGGUAAGCAUGCAAAGUUAAUAAGAAAGUAACAGAAAAACUACCAAAAACUAAAAAAAAAACACUCACACACAAAUACGACAAAAAAAACCAACAAAGAAUAAACCUAAAACAAAACUAGAUUAGAUUGUUACGUGCGGAGAAACUGGAACAGAAGAAAAUAAGAAAGCAGCAGAUGCUUUGCAGUGGAAGAAAUGAUAAAGUAGCAUCAAUAGUGUAUACACGAUUCUCAUGAAAACCAGCAAAAUCAAUAAGCAGCUGCAGCAUACAAAUCCCGAACGCUCUUAGUUAUAACAUUUAACAUCACCAUAGAUUGAAAACUAAUCACAUCAUGAAAAGGCUAUGGCGAAGAAGUGAUGAACAUGGCGCCGGGCAUGCAGCAUGUUUUCUGUUCUGAAGGCAAUUCGUUCGACACAUGCAAAAGUAGUGUCGGAUCGUAACGCGUUCGUUUUGCGCUACCACCAAAAACUCCAAUAAGUAGCGAACACAGUUCUAGCAUUGUGCAGUAUCGUUCAGAAUGUAUUGCUUACUAAAUAAUAGAUUCAUUCAGAGUUGCAAACUAAAAUUUCCCUCAAAAAAAGUCCACAUCCCGGCUGUCGGGAAUCGGGUCCCCAACCUUAAAUAGACAAACAUAUACAAUACGUUUGUCCUCCUCGUGGACAAACGAGAACGUUCCAUUUGUCAUCAUUUUCGCUUGUGAUUGCGCUUAUAAUCAUCAUCAUCAUCAUCAUUCGGCUUCUCCUGCACACCUUAUCGACUCAUUCACACAAACAUACACACGAACACAAACCUAUCCACACAAAGAGUGGCGAAUUAUUUGAUUACUAAGAGUUAAAAUCAGAAAACAUCCAGGUGAAAGUAUAUGGCACCAUUAAUGCUUACCACCAACCAACGGGAAAGAGUUGCUGAAAGGUUCAAAAAGUUCUAAACAGUGUGCAACUUACAGGUUUGGCAUUGAUUUGGUAAAAAAAAGAGAAAGAAAAAUGCCGCAUGCAAUUGGUAAAAAGGAUGGGAAAAAAACACCUAAUCUCCAAAUGCAUCACAAAAUAUAACGGUAGAAAAUCUGGAAAACCAAGGAAUGAUAAACUCGAUUGUAGCUAUAUAGCAAGAGGAAACAAAACAUGAAAAUCCAAGAAAGUAUAUAUAAAUAACAAAACUAUUAGAAACUGUAAAAUGAACAAAAGGAAACAAAAGUUAGAGAGAAAGAAAACAGAAACAUGCAAAACGAGCAAACGUUAAAUAAAGUAACAAACUUAAGGCUAGAAGCAUUGAAGCAUGUGCGUGCGCGCGAAGUUAAUAGUAAAGCAGAAGCAAAAGAGCAAGGCCAUAAGGAGCGCCCAUCUGUACCCAUCGGUACCAACCUGCUUCCAGUGAACGGAACAUAAGUUUGCUUAACAUCAUCCCCAAGCUUGUGUGUGAAGCGUAUAUAAACAUGGUUGAAAAAAGGGGCGCACAGGAACGCAGAAUGGCCGGUAAUGGCUCUACUAGUAACUAGUGAAAAUACUAUUGCUGGGAAACAAGGAAAAGAAGCAGUAAAAACCCAAGGAUAAUACUACUUUGCGGCACAUAUAACAACCAAAUCACAAACUCUUUCUCUGGUGGCAUACACAAACGUACAUCACAUUAUAAAGGCGGUAGGCUGGUAAUACACAUUCAUUAAAAAAGAAACACACAGAAGUAAAGUGGCAGGACGGUGUGAGAAAUGUGAAGAGGAAGAAGAAAAAAAACCACACACACACACACAAAAGGACAAAAAGGAACAAACAAAAAGGUAAACCAAACAUAUAUUUAACUUAAUGUGUAUGUAAUUUUAUGUGUGAUGUAAAAAUCGGAGAAAUAAAUGCGUUUUAGCCACUAAAGUCAUAAGAAA